GCCAACCGGAGUUCAGUUUACAGUCAUUCCUCAUGCGCUCUUCCUUUGCGUUGUGUCUGCCUUCAAAAGACAUUUGGACGAAGGGCAGACCACUUCCACUUCAGGGAAAACGGAUAUUUUUCCAGAUAAAUAUUUCAUGUUGCUUAAUUUGAAUGGAAGAAGGCGCUAUCAAGUCAAGUGGUGUCCAACCUACCACUUCAAACAGAACGGCCUCGUCUCGCUCUCAAGUCAAUCGUUUACUACUUCCUUAUAGUUAUAGCAGCUAGAUAUUUUUUUUACAAGGAUUUGAACUCCAGCUAGCGGUGGGUCUAAGUUAGCUAGCUAACUGGAAACGCAGUUAUUAACCUUCUUGAAUAGCAGGAAGUGGUUUUAUAUUUUAAGCUAUUUUCUAACGCUUUGAAUAGCUGAUGUCCCUAAAGUUAGCUAGCUGCUAUCUCGUUUCUUUUGGGUUCCACUGCCUGGAAAUAUUGCUUGGAUUUGCAACCAGCUAAGUUAACGUUGGCUAGUUUGACAGUUAGCCUCAUUAUCUUAGUUAAUGUAUAGUUUUCCUAUGCAUUAAUCGAGAUAGUCGACUUCUAAAGUAGCUAGGAGGCUAAAGAAGCAUCCUUAUUAAACAAGGAAGUCAGAAUUAACUAUGCCAGUUGUACCAUUGUUUUUGUUCAAUACCAUGCAGUGAGAGGGUGACUCACUGGAGGCUUUUUUUAAAUUGCACGUAGUAGUUUGAGCUGCAGUGGGCACGAGCAAAUAGCGCAAUUUAUCGUCAAUACCAUUCUUCGAAGUUUUGCCAUCUUUUGUCUCGUAUUUCGAUAGUUAGGAUAGAUCGCAAGCCAGCUGACUGAAGGGCAAAAUGAUUCCAGACAAAGCACCAAAGGAGGACGUAUUUCAUGCAGGAGGAGACUUAAAGAAGGAUGCUCAUGUACCCAACUUUGAGAAGUACAAAGAACUCUACCUGCAAUCUAUUGAACAUCCAGAUGAGUUCUGGGGUGACAUUGCAAAAGACUUCUACUGGAAGUCGAAGCACACGGGCCAGUUCAUGGACUACAACUUUGACGUGACGAAGGGGGAGAUCUACAUCAAGUGCAUGGAGGGGGCCACCACCAACAUCUGCUACAACGUCCUGGACUGUAACGUUCAUGAGAGGGGGCUAGGGGACAAAGUGGCAUUCUACUGGGAAGGGAACGAGCCUGGCGACGAGAUGACGGUGACAUACAGAGAGCUGCUCCAGCAGGUUUGCCAGUUUGCCAAUGUGCUCAAAUCCCAGGGGUUGAAGAAGGGCGACCGCGUGUCCAUCUACAUGCCAAUGGUGGUGGAGCUGGUGGUGGCCAUGCUGGCUUGUGUGCGCAUCGGGGCUGUGCACUCAAUCGUGUUUGCAGGCUUUUCGGCAGAGUCGCUGUGCGAGAGGAUCCUGGACUCCCAGUGCUCGUUGCUGAUCACGGCCGAUGGCUUCUACAGAGGAGAUAAGCUAAUCAACCUGAAGGUGAUCGCUGACGACGCACUACAGAAAUGCAGGGACAAGAGUUUCCCAGUACAGAGGUGUAUCAUGCUUAAACACCUGUCCAAGGAGGUGGAGGCCAUUCCCCUCAGCUCUCAGUCUCCCCCAGCCAAGCGGCCCUGUCCUGACCUGCAGCAGGAGAAACAGAAAGACAGAGUAAAGAAAAUCCGUCCCGUCCCUCAGGUGCCGUGGAACCCUGAGGUGGAUCAGUGCUGGCUCAGCCUGCUGAGUGGUAUGUCUGAGGAAUGUGAACCAGAGUGGUGUGACUCUGAAGAUCCCCUCUUCAUCCUCUAUACCAGCGGCUCCACCGGGAAACCCAAGGGUGUGCUGCACACGAUCGGUGGCUAUAUGCUCUACGUGGCCACCACCUUCAAACUGGUGUUUGACUACCAUCCUGAGGAUGUAUACUGGUGCACGGCCGACAUCGGCUGGAUCACGGGCCACUCCUUCAUCACCUACGGGCCCCUGGCUAACGGGGCCACCAGUGUCCUGUUCGAGGGUCUGCCCACCUAUCCGGACGUCAGCCGCAUGUGGGAGAUAGUGGACAAGUACCAAGUCACCAAGUUCUACACGGCGCCCACAGCCAUCCGCCUCCUCAUGAAGUAUGGGAGCGAGCCCGUCCAGAAGUACAAGCGGGAUUCUCUGAAGGUGCUGGGGACGGUGGGGGAGCCCAUCAACCCGGAGGCGUGGCAGUGGUACUACAGCGUGGUGGGGGAGAAGAGGUGCCCCGUGGUCGACACCUUCUGGCAGACUGAGACCGGUGGCCACGUGUUGACUCCUCUACCUGCUGCCACGCCCAUGAAGCCUGGCUCUGCUACGUUUCCUUUCUUUGGAGUUGUCCCUGCCAUUUUGAAUGAGUCUGGGGAGGAGCUUGAGGGACCAAGCGAGGGUUACCUGGUGUUCAAACAGCCCUGGCCAGGAGUCAUGAGGACUGUGUUUGGGAACCACCAGAGGUUUGAGACCACCUACUUCGAGCAAUUCCCAGGAUACUACGUCACUGGUGACGGUUGCCGUAGAGAUAAGGAUGGGUAUUACUGGAUCACAGGGAGGAUAGAUGACAUGUUGAAUGUCUCGGGUCACCUGCUGAGCACGGCAGAGGUGGAGUCAGCCCUGGUGGAGCACGAGGCGGUGGUCGAGGCAGCGGUAGUUAGCAGGCCGCACCCUGUCAAAGGGGAGAGUCUCUACUGCUUCGUCACGCUUACCGACGGAGUCAGCUUCAGCCGCACCCUGGAGGCCCAGUUAAAGAAACAAGUGAGAGAGAAGAUUGGUGCCAUUGCCACUCCAGACUUUAUACAGAAUGCCCCAGGCCUUCCCAAGACCAGAUCAGGUAAGAUCAUGCGGCGUGUGCUACGUAAGAUUGCCCGUAACGAGCGAGACCUGGGCGACGUGUCCACGCUAGCCGACUCCUCGGUCAUCGAACUGCUCUUCCAGAAUCACUGCUGUGGCGCAAUGUGAGCUCACAACUACAGAGGAGGCCACAGUACCCUGACACUCUUACCGAGGCUGAACAGGGAGGACGAGGAACAGGGAGGACGAGGAGCAGAAGAAGAUGUAUAAAUGUAACUGUAGAGCCUUCACUGUGGGACUUGAGCCAACACUUGGGUUAAACAAACACAACAAAAUCCCUCUAGUUUGUCAGCAGUUCAGUUCUCCCCUCUUGAGUACACUUAAUGUACUAAUAGAUUCAAAAGUUUUUUUUUAAAUUCUCUCCAUUUGAACUAUGUACACUUGUUAUUUUGUCCUUUUUAUUUCAUUGCCGUUUGACAAAGGAUUGCUAUGCAUGUUUGUCUGCACGCUUGAAAUGUUUUAAGUUUUUGAGAUGCAUUUUCCACUCCAGCUUUGUCUUCUAGAGGCAGAGGGGGCUUGUGUACUAGCAUAACUGUGCUGAACACUCCUCUUUCCUCUGGUUAGACUGGGUUGAUUGUAUUAGAAAUAAAUCCAAGGUCCCCCUUUGAAGAAAUAGAUGAAGGAUAACUGAAGCCUUCAUAAACCCUUUUAUAUGGCCGAUGUCAUUCACCAGCAACUGUCAUGCUAUUUCAGAAGGUCUGACGGGUAAUGCCACACUAGAUUCAAGGACCUGUUCUAUUACCCUUUAUAUGGUAUGGCUUUGCUUCUACACAGAGUGUACUAAACGUUAAGAACACCACCUUAAUAUUGAGUUGCACCCCCCCUUUGCCCUCAGAACAGCCUCAAUUCGUCGGGGAAUAAACUCUACAAGGUGUCGCAAGCGUUCCACAGCUUUCACCUGGUCAGUCUGUCAUGGAAAGAGCAGAUGUUUCUAAUGUUUUGUAACUCCGUGUAUAUGAUUUGUGAAUAACUGAUUUAGUCCUUGUAAAGGAUUUCAAGACUUCAUAAGUUGUUUAAAGUGGGACCAAACAUAACAUGUCAGACCUGUUUAAAUGUAUUUUAAAUAGUUUAUGAAAUUUCAUUGUGUCCGUGCCAACACUUAAAAAAAGAAACAUUUUUAACAGUAAGCUAUUUGUUUUGAAAGCAUUUGUCUGUAUUAUGUCACAUGUUUUUCAGUUUUCUUUUUGUUGCCCCUUUGUAUCAAAGUGACAUGCAAUAACAGUAAAUGGACUGACUGAUCUGAUCUAUUUUUUAUUUUGGGAUAUAAACCUGGAUUCUAGGCACCAAAUGGUAGAAAACAAACUAACAGGGAGAGACUACUUGGACUUUUUAAUUUUCUGUUAAACUUUUCAAAAUGUUUUCCAUUGCAUGUCCUAAUGAGUACAACUCUGUGCUGGGCGUGUUGGAGCGCUGUGAUCGUUCUAUUCAUUCAGUUGCUUCUCAUCUCACACCUUUGCAGUUCUUCUUGACCUUUCCUACAUUUCCAGUAGAUGGUGCUAUUAUUAUACAAGACCUACAGUAUACUGUGUUCAGUUAUUAGCUAGAAUCCUUAUUUUCUACAUCUGUUUUUCAUCAUAAAUUAAUGAUGUGUAUAUAUCCAUUGUUUCUUGAAAAAAAUAUCUAAAUGCUUCAUGGGCUUAGUUUUGCUGGCAUACACCAUCAGAACCUUAUAAGCUUGUUUUACUCCAAUGUUUGUAAACAAACAAUAUAUGGGCUCAACAUGGUUAAAUUGUAAUAUCAAGGAUGGUCAGACAUUGCAGCCAUAGUGCUAUCUAUGAAUUUGAGUGGUUCCAUUUCUCCAGGCCCAUCCCUCAACUUUUACAGAAACAAAGGCUAUUGACUGCGUUAUUGUUUCAAUUAAGAACUCUAGUUUUAAAGAACAGGAUCUUUGGGUAUAUGACAUAAAGAAGGAUAGAGUCCUGUAGUGGCCAAAAGGCCAUGUUAGCAUUGGCAGCGCCGUUGAAUACUUCCACCAUUUUAGUCUAGUCAUUGGGUGGGACUUCCAAUUUCAUUGGCUGGUGACCCUGUUGGGGCGUGUCCAAACGUGUCAUCAGGAGGGAUCAGCCAAACGUGAAGAAGAAAAUUGACUACUUUGAAAUGGAAAUAGCCUCUAUGGCACUGCCCGUGCUGUCACAAACGCUAUAAUGGCACAGAUACAAAGACGAGUCUGCUAUAUAGUAUCUGACUGAACAUGACAUGAGUUGAUGUAAUAAUGGUAUAUUUAGUUCCUGAAUCAGAAUACUCUAGGUAGGAGACAGGAAUAAUACUGACACCAUACUGCCCUAAUCAGCCUUACUGCUUUAUGCUACGCUGACUGGGGGCUUCUUCAUCUUGUCGAUAAUUGACAUUUGUCUGCAAUAAUUGCCAUUAUUUUUUCAAGAUCACUUGGAUACAUAAGAUGAGUAAACCAGUCCUUAAUCUUUCCCUGUUUUUUUGUGUCGCAUCCAUUUUUCUGGUCAUUUGACUAAAUCAUAAAAUAGUCUAAUAUUGGAAAGUGUGAAUGUAUUGAAGGAUAUGCUACUGCUGUAAAUUAAGUAAUUCUGUGUGUGCUGUCUGGCUUGCUUAUAUAAUUGAGAUGUAGCUGAAUCGUUAUUGUUUUGUAUUGUUUGUUCAUGCUCUGUUUCAUCCACUGCCUAUUUAACUGGAAGCCACCAGCCAGUAUCCUGUAGAGUUGAAGAUUAAUAAAUAUAUGAAUGAUCCA